CAGAGCACCGUCCCGGGCCGGAAGUCGCCCAGCCGCCGCUUCCUCACGCGAAGGCGUGGUGCGGGGUUGGCGGUCCGGCCGGAUGGGCGCUUGAGGAGGGAACGGAGCAGCCGCGGAGACUUUCUUUCAGGCGGCGAGGCCGCGGAGGGCGCGGGGUGGAGGCCCGCGGCGCUAUGGCUCACGUCGGCUCUCGCAAGCGCUCGAGGAGUCGCAGCCGGUCCCGGGGGCGAGGGUCGGAAAAGAAAAGGAAGAAGAGCAGUAAGGACGCCCCGAGAAGCUGCUCGGCUUCCCGAUCCCAAAGCCGCAAGGCCAGCACCACCUCCUCUGGGGCGGAGGAGAGAAGCAAACACAAGGCCCGGAGGAGACCACGGUCCAGCUCCUCCUCCUCUUCUUCCAGUUCUUCCAGCUGCUCUUCCUCCUUGUCCUCCUCCUCUUCCUCCAGCGAUGGCCGGAAGAAGCGGGGGAAGCACAAGGACAAGAAGAGGAAGAAAAAGAAGAAAAGGAAGAAGAAGCUGAAGAAGAGAGACAAGGCCAAGGCCAAGAUGCAGCCGACUGAGGCUCUGCCCGGACCCUCGCUGGACCAGUGGCACAGAGCAGCCGAGGAGGAAGAGGAUGGCCCAGUCCUGACGGACGAGCAGAAGUCCCGCAUCCAGGCCAUGAAGCCCAUGAGCAAGGAGGAGUGGGAUGCCCGCCAGAGCGUCAUCCGCAGGGUGGUGGACCCGGAGAGCGGACGCACCAGGCUCAUUAAGGGAGACGGUGAGGUCUUAGAGGAAAUCGUAACCAAGGAACGACACAGAGAGAUCAACAAGCAAGCCACCCGAGGGGAUGGUCUGGCCUUCCAGAUGCGAGCAGGGCUGCUGCCCUGAGGGCCCCACUGGCCAAGGCCUGCACACAGUGUUGGUGGCACAGCUUGAAGGCUGGCCUCAGGGCGGGCAGCAGGGAGCCCAAAGGAUGCUGCUUGUCUCUCUCCUGCACACCGGCCUCUGGCCCAGCCUCCUGUCAGAUGCAGGGGGUGGAGGUCAGGGUCACUGGCCUAACUGGCUCCCCUAACUCCUGAAAGAGUGCCGCUUCCCAGAUAUUAAACGUACCCUGGUUGGAGA